CCUCACUCAUCCAUAUCCACUCAAAUUAUUUUUGUGAAAGAUAACUUGGGCACAUUAGCCACUAUCCUAAAAACCCUUAUCAUUCAUGGAGCCCUGGUUAUAUUUUCCUAGACUGUUAUGAACGGAUCUAUUUAUUAUCGGUUUUGAAAAGUUUGAAACUAAUUUGUUCACCAAAAAUGUCGUCUGCUGCAAAUGUUAUUGUUUUGCUGGGAUUGGGAAUAGCUGGGAUACUAUUGGCGGUGCAGAGAAGGAAGAAGACAAUUAAGGAAGAUUUCGGUGCAUUCGUUGAUCGGAUUCAGCUGCUUCCGCCACCUCAGCCCGCCCCUCCUAAAGCCACGUAUCCUCUUACGGGCCUUGUUUUUGCAAUAAAAGAACUAUUUGAUGUAGAAGGAUAUGUAACUGGCUUUGGAAAUCCUGACUGGCGGAAAACCCAUGAACCUGCUGUUCAUACAGCCCCAGCUGUUUCGCUUCUUAUAGAAGGGGGAGCCACAUGUGUGGGAAGAACUGUUAUGGACGAGAUGGCAUACAGUAUCAAUGGGGAAAAUAAAUACUAUGGAACUCCAACUAAUCCAGCUGCACCUUCAAGGGUGCCUGGUGGAUCUUCCAGUGGAUCUGCUGUAGCUGUUGCAGCAGAGCUUGUGGACUUUUCUCUUGGUACUGAUACAGGUGGUAGCGUGAGAGUGCCUGCUGCAUAUUGUGGCAUUUUAGGAUUCCGCCCUUCUCAUGGAGCUCUUUCCACUGUUGGUGUUGUGCCAAUGGCUCAGAGUUUUGAUACUGUUGGCUGGUUUGCAAGGGAUCCAAAUAUUCUGCACCUUGUUGGUCAUACACUAUUACAGUUGCCACUUAUGGAAUCCAGAAAACCAAGCCGUGUUAUAAUUGCAGAUGAUUGCUUUCAACUUACAAAUAUUCCUAGUGGUCAGACUGUGACCAUAGUUAUUCAGUCAACUGAAAAAUUAUUUGGACGACAAGUCCUUAAUCACAUGAAUAUUGGGAAAUAUAUUGCCGAUAAAGUUCCUAGCCUGAAAUAUUUUCAAACUGAAGAAAGCAGAAAUGGUGGAGAUAGCAUUUCUGAUUUGAAGGCUCUAUGCAAUGCAUUCCGUCUUUGUCAGAGGUAUGAGUUCAAAAGGAAUCAUGAAGACUGGGUGAAUUCAGUAAAGCCUAAGUUUGGACCUGGCAUAUCUGAUCGUGUACGUGCAGCUCUAGACACAAAUACAGAUGAUGAAAAUAUUAGCCAUUCCUUGAGGGCUAGGGAAGAAGCGCGUGAAGCUAUAAAUUCUCUUGUAGAGGAUGAUGGAAUACUAGUUAUGCCUACAACCCCAGGUCCUCCUCCUCAGCUUAAAAUGAAGGGGAAUCCUUUGGAGGACUUCCGGACUAGAGCUUUCACUCUGUUAAGUAUUGCUGGCAUGUCUGGAUGCUGUCAGGUGAGCAUACCUGUAGGACAAUAUGAUAAGUGUCCUUUGGCUGUGUCAUUCCUAGCAAGGCAUGGAGGAGAUGGUUUUCUUCUUGAUACUGUAAGGGCUGCAUAUUCUACUCUUCAGGAACAAGUAGAGAUAGUUUGAAGCAUACAACCAGUGACUUCAAUGAAUGGCAAAAUACAAGCCACAGAAAUUGCUAAAGAAAAAGUACAACUGAGUCCCAUUUUAUCAUAGUAAAGGUGAUUUCAAAAUUGAAUAGUUAUAUAAAGUCUAGCAGGAAUAUUCAGGUAAUUUAAUUAUAGAUCCUGGAGAAUGUUUAUGUAAUCCUUUUAUUACUUCAAAAAAAUAUUACAACUUACUUUUAA